AACACCCGCGGGCCAGCCCACGCUGCGUGUGCGCUCGGGCCGCUGGGCGUCGGGCUGCGUCCCUGUGUGUCAGCGACACACCGAUAGGAACCCUACUUCGACGUGUGUGUCAUGGCUUAAAAAUAGAGGCUAAUCCGUCAGCCGGUCUCGCAGCGGCAGCGGCAGCGGCAGCGGGCGGGGGCGGCGGCGGCGGCGGCCGCAGGAGAGUCAUGGCCGUGGGGCUGGUUGCGCCUGACAUUGGCCUCCGCGACUGAGACCCCGCGCCGCGCUCGCACCCAGCAACAGCUACCUGGAGACUGACCCAUCGUUGGCGCGUAGCCACCCCUGCAGCCGCCUCUAAGAUGUGCCCUGGUAACUGGCUCUGGGCCUCCAUGACUUUCAUGGCCCGCUUCUCCCGGAGCGGCUCAAGGUCUCCUGUUCGCACUAGAGGGGCCCUGGAGGAGAUGCCAGAUGUUCAACAUCCCUUCCUCAAUGUCUUUGAGUUGGAGAGGCUGCUCUACACAGGCAAGACCGCCUGUAACCAUGCCGAUGAGGUCUGGCCGGGCCUCUACCUCGGAGAUCAGGACAUAGCUAACAACCGCCGGGAGCUCCGUCGCCUGGGCGUCACCCACGUCCUCAAUGCCUCACACAGCAGGUGGCGAGGCACGCCCGAGGCCUACGAGGGGUUGGGCAUCCGCUACCUGGGUGUUGAGGCCCAUGACUCGCCAGCCUUUGACAUGAGCAUCCACUUCCAGACGGCUGCUGACUUCAUCCACCGGGCGCUGAACCAGCCAGGAGGGAAGAUCCUGGUACACUGCGCCGUGGGAGUGAGCCGAUCCGCCACACUGGUACUGGCCUACCUCAUGCUGUACCACCACCUCACCCUCGUGGAGGCCAUCAAGAAAGUCAAGGACCACCGAGGCAUCAUCCCCAACCGGGGCUUCUUGCGACAGCUCCUGGCCCUGGACCGCAGGCUGCGGCAGGGUCUGGAGGCCUGAAGGGAGAGGAUAGGGGGUCAGGCCAGGUGCAUUUGGCCCUGGCUCCCAGCUGGAGGGAGGAGGCCCAGAUACCCCAUCUUCCCCUGUCCUGUGCCUGUGCAGGGAGUCAGGGAUGCUGCAAGCACGAAUGUGAUGGUGUAGAUAUGUUGUGUAGAUGGUGGUGUAGAGACAGACGGUGAAGAGAGAGUGUGAAAAGCUGUGAGACCAGAGGGAGACACUCACAGACUUGUUACUCCAAGCGCAGGAAGAGGAGGUGUGGGAGGAUUGGCGCUGUGCCCGCGGGCGCUGGUCGCGGCCAAAAGCUGCAGAGGUGCAUGCCUGGGAGUCUUUAGAUGAUCGCUCGCUUACUGGCUGCAGGUGUCUUGAGGAAAAAUAAAGGUGGUGGACAA